AGGCAUCGAUUAUUGCUAGGGGUAGCAUAGAAAAAUGUAAAUCAGAGUGGCAUUGAAUUCACCAUUACGUUUGAACAUUAUUCUGGCCUAUUCCUAUUUUCCUCAUAUCCCACACAGAAGUUCGGAAAACCUACAGCAAUCAUGGAUGAACGUCGUCAGAGAAUGCAGGCGUACCGGCGAGCCCGCCGUAAGUUUGCAUGCACCGCUUACAUGCUGACCGUCAUCUGGAUGGUGUUGGCCCUCAUCCAGUGGCUCGUGAUUUCCAUGAUAGCGGAUGCAAGAAAACUGUUUCUUGACCUGUACUGGAUCAGUGUGAUCUUCUUUGCACUGGCCAUGAUAUUGCUGACUUUGUUUAUCUUCAUCGAGAAAAUCCGAUAUAUCAUUGGUCUCAACUGGGUGUUUACCAUUCUAAUAGUUGAGUUCGUGAUUAUCGGACUUUUUGCCUUGGCGGCCAAAGCGCCAUGGCCGGACCUAGUUUUGUGGUUCUUUAUAUGCGUGCUUAUGCUCUUCAUUUUUAUCCUACUUGGAUCAAUUAUACCGCAUGACCUGACGCUGGACGUGGUGACCCUGUUCGUGUUGGCCUUCGUUUUCCUUGUGGCCACCAUAUAUUUCAUCAUGAUGCACGUUAUACUCGGAAUGCGGUACUCCUUUGUGGUUUUCCAAAUCUUCAUCAGCAUUGUUGUGCUGCUGUUCGUUAUGUACCAUGCCCAGACCAUCAAUGGCGGACGAUUUGCUGAGAUGCGGCUGAGCGAUUUCCUGCUGGCCUCGCUUAUACUCUUCCUGGACUUUAUCAUCCUGUUCCUGCUGACCUUCUAUGCCCAGGUAAUCUACCAAAUCGCCAAUCGUCAAAGCAGCACAACCACAGCCGCAACCAAAUCCACAACGGCUGCAACUACCGCACCCACUCCCGAGGCAAGGUAUAUGAAAUAGAUAUGUUCCAGACGCUGUUUGGGAAAACGCACUUCAAUCUCGAUAUCGCAUUUAAGACCUAUUGAAUGAAAUUCAAUUCAAAAUUCGGAAUGUUUUGAAAAUUAAAAUUUUUCGUUGUAUGAAUUAAGCUUCAAAAGCAUCCAAA